UCAAAUAUGAUCAGCUUCGCACUGCCCAUCCCACACAUCACUUCACAAAAUCGAAUUCUCAAAUCAACUUCAUUUGGUCAUCUGGUGACGUGAUUUCCAACUUCGCUCAUUGUAAUAUUGAAGAUGUUCUGCCUUCCGUAUCAGAUCACUCCAUUGUCAUUCUCAAAAUUGAUAACUUCCUCGCUGCUAAAAGUAAUAAAAGGAAUAUUCCUACAAAAAUUGUCUUUGACUACGAAAAAAUUUCAGACAACAAAUGGCGUGAUUUUAGUAAUAAAACAGAUACAUUAGCCAAUGGAUGUCAACUUCGUGCUCUUAAUAACAGAACG